CCUCUCCCCUCCUCACCCCAUCGCUGAAUCUCCUCUCCACGCCGUCAGGAAACCGUCCUCUCUCCUCUCCUCCAUCCUCGGAUCGGUUCUUGUUGCGAUUCCUUUUCUCCAGGGGGUGCCAGUCCUCUUUUUUCCCGCCUGUUUCCUUGUUGCUCGCCUCCGCUUAUCAUUUCCAACGCCUCCGUCCUCAGUCUCCAGUCUCCAGUACCCCGUCUCCUCUCUCUGCGCCGCCUGUCAUCUCAUCUACAGCACAGCACAGCACGCACUGCACUCACUGCACAGUAAACAGUACCUUGGAGCUUUCUCUCGGCAACUCUCUUAUCAUUCGCCCUUCCCCUUGUCUCUACUAUCCGCUUAAGCGUCUCUCUUGUCACGUUGGGUCGACGUCCUUUUUAGCUGCUUGUGCCGUCCCCACGUCCACAAUUUUCUCCUGUCGACUUUCAGUGUCUGAGUCUCCCUCUUUCAAGUCAGUCCAAGGCCAAGUCACAUCGUUCCAUUCCGAAUAGAUCGCAAAUCAGACAAGACCCGACUUGACGCACAGCUUGGUAUCCUUCCACCAAGACGAGCCCACCGCACCGUCCCGCACCUGCUUCGACGAGGAAAUUCCGAUUGUGCCCCGUCGCUUUCUUUCUCUCCCUCCCUCCCUCCCUCCCUCCCUCUCCCUCCCGCCCUCUUCUUCAGCCUUGUUGCUGCUCGAUUGCUUGCUUGCUUGCCUGCUCCGGGGUUCAGGGUCACGUCACGUCAGUCUCGUGACAACUCUUCUUCAGCACGACUGCCUCCACCCCUCCUUACGCCACUACCAAGCUUCAACCAGCCGAUUGCUCCUCGAGCUUCGUCGUUCCGACUCGUAUACUAUUGCACCCGUUGGACCUGCACAAUACAAGACUAGUCCUGCAUUGUUCCAGCCAGCCGAGCCCCUCAUCUAAUAUUGCUAUUGACGCUCAACACUCGACACCGAACUUUCCAAGCUUCCGAGAUCCAACCAUCGCACGACCGCCUUCUAAUACAGACCAAAAGACACAAUGGCGGACAACGGACCUGCUUCGAACCCGGCGCAGCUGCCCCCUCCCCCCCAGCCGAACGCCGGGGCUCCAGGUUACGAGAAUGGCCAGAAUGGCCAGUCGAACCCGGCGCACAUGCCACCCCCUCCUCUCCAUAUCCCGCAGAACACCAACCCGAUCCCGACUGCCAUCACUUCGCCCAUGUCUGGCGUUGAUAAGGUCAUGUCGCCCGGCAGCGCUGGUGGCUUUGGUCGCCGCGCCGCCCCCGAGCCUAAUAAGCGGGCGUUGUACGUUGGAGGCUUGGACCAGCGUGUCACCGAGGAUGUCCUCCGCCAGAUCUUUGAGACGACUGGUCACGUCCAAAAUGUCAAGAUCAUUCCCGACAAGAAUGCGAAGGGCUACAACUACGGGUUCGUCGAAUAUGAUGACCCCGGUGCGGCUGAACGCGCCAUGCAGACCUUGAAUGGAAGACGUGUGCACCAAUCCGAAAUUCGUGUCAACUGGGCGUAUCAGUCCAACACCUCCAGCAAGGAGGACACCUCGAAUCACUUCCACAUCUUUGUUGGCGAUCUCAGCAACGAAGUCAACGACGAGAUCUUGACCCAGGCUUUCUCUGCCUUUGGCUCCGUGUCGGAAGCUCGCGUCAUGUGGGACAUGAAGACAGGGCGCUCCCGUGGAUACGGCUUUGUUGCGUUCAGAGACCGACCGGACGCCGAAAAGGCCCUGAGCUCCAUGGACGGAGAGUGGCUUGGCUCGCGGGCCAUCCGUUGCAAUUGGGCAAACCAAAAGGGCCAGCCGUCUAUUGCGCAGCAGCAGGCUAUGCAGGCUAUGGGCCUGACGCCUACGACGCCCUUCGGCCACCACCAGUUUCCAGCCCACGGCGUGGCGAGCUAUGAAGUUGUCCUCGCGCAAACGCCCUCAUGGCAAACCACCUGCUAUGUGGGCAACUUAACUCCUUACACCACGCCAAACGAUGUUGUUCCUCUCUUCCAAAACUUUGGCUACGUUGUCGAGUCUCGUUUCCAGGCGGACCGGGGAUUUGCUUUCAUCAAGAUGGACAGCCACGAGAGUGCAGCCAUGGCCAUCUGCCAGAUGAACGGAUAUAAUGUUAAUGGACGGCCCCUGAAAUGCAGCUGGGGCAAGGACAAGACCCCGAACCCUCAGGGCGGCGCAGCCGGCUUUGACCCUUCGCAACAAGCAUACAGCCCCCAGAGUGCCUCCGGACCGGGCUACCCCGGCACCCCGACGGCCUACUUCCCGCAAUAUGGUGGUCAAUACGGCGGUCAGCACGGCAACUACGGCGGUCCAGCUGCUCAAUCCCCGGCCGGUUAUGGAGCGCAGCCGAUGGGGUACGGCGGACCGCAGAGCGCCGGAGGCUAUGGCCGUGGCCAACAGCCACCUAACGCCCAGUGGCCUCAGGGGCCCCAAGGACAGAACUUCAACAACGGCUUCGCCGGGUACCAGGGCUGAUCUGACGACAAACGAGCGCAUCCUGGUGCGAGAGCUUCCACACACAGCGUUGCAAGGUCCAAGGGGUGCUUUUGUGGAGUUUUCCCAAUGUUUUUUUUUGAUGGCAGAAUGGCAUGACCAACACAUCUCCCAUGUCUUCCCAAAAAACCCAUUUGCUGCCAAGCGUCUCUCUGUCUCAAAUCUCCUUUCAUCUGCGAUGAGGGACAUAUGUCGGUUUUUCUUAAGUGAGCACUGGAGAUGGAAAGGGACAUCACGUGCAUUUCUCCGAGACGUUUCUCUGUCUUCUUCGUAUUUUUCUUCUACGGCCUAGUGAUUCCCACAAGUCACGAUGUUUUCCUUAUGCAGUUAUUUCUGUCAACCUGUCGGAGGCAGAGGCAGACUUUUGACAUGCUGUUCCGUUGCCAAAACAAAAAGUUUGCUGCUUUGUUCUAUCAUGGAUACCUCUUCAGCAUGACGGAUCUGUUGGAUGACGAGUUAUGACUUUUUUCUCUCUCUCUCUCUUUCUCUCUCUCUCUCUCUCUCUCCCUCCCCCCCCUCUCUCCUCCUCUUCUUCUACUACUGCUGCUACUACUACUACCCUCACACUAUUCUUUUGGGCAUCAACCUUUUAUGCGUGUGGUCUCCCGGGUACUUGGGUUACCAUUAGAGACGACCAGAUUUGAUGAAACAUGACUUGAACGAAGGGGACGG